UAUUCAUAUUUUAUAAUGUUUAAGAGUAGUACUUCCAAAAGUCCAUUUAAAUGCUCUAAGUCUCCUACUCUCCUUUCCCAUAUUACAUCCUCUUUCUCAUUUUCACACUUUGCCAGGCCUUCUUCUGCUUCUGUAUUCCGUCCUUUUUUUCUAAAGCUUUUAAAGAUAUUUCUUGCUAUUUUAUAUAUUUUGAUUAUGAAUUUCUAUUGGAGAAGUCUUUUUUCUUCAUUUCAAUUGAAUUCUACUCUUUGUAGAAAGGUUGUACACUUGUUUGAAAGCAUGCAAAUUAUAAUAGACUUUGGGUUUGGUUUUCAAUUAGCUUUGAAAAUGUUGAAGAAUCUUGCUUUGGCUGUUGCUACUAUCAUUUUUGCAUUUGGAGGGGUAAUAAUAGGAAGCAUUGCAGGGGCCAUAAAAGGGCAAACAACAGAAUCAGGACUAUGUAGAGGCGCAGCAAUUGGGAUCAUGUCAGGUGCCAUUGUUGCCCUUGAGUUGCUUGAUUCACUCCUUAAUGGUCAUUGUCUAUCUAAGGUAGCUCUGUUUGGAAGCAUAUUCAAUGGGAAAGCUUUUAGGGAAUGGGUUAGCCCUGCAGUUCUUAAGGCUUACCAAUGGCAAACAAGCAUGAAUGAAGGCAAUGGAAUUGAGGAUGGAUCAGACUUAUACAAUAUUGUUGAAAUUCAAGGAAUGUCCCCUGAGCUUAUCAAGAAGCUCCCAGUCAUCAAUUUCCAUCUAAAUUCAUCAACAAAUUCUGAUCUUCCAAUUUCACAUAAUGAUGUUUGUUGCACUAUUUGUUUGCAGGAUGUUGUUGAGGGUGAAAGAGCAAGGAAGCUACCAGGCUGUCAACACUUGUUUCAUAUGUUGUGCAUAGACGAAUGGCUUGCACGAAGUAUAUCUUGUCCAGUUUGUAGAAACACUGUUGAUUUUCCAACUGAAUUUAAUUGUGUGAGCAACAAAUAUGUACUACAAAAUUAAAUUUAUUAUUAUUAUUAUUAUUAUUAUUAUUAUUAUUAUUAUUAUAUUAUUAUUAUUAUUAAGAGGAGGAAUGCAAGAAAAUGUAAAAAGUUGGAAUUAUAGAGUAUUUGCUAUAUAUGGAAAUCUAUAGAUGUUGAGAUCAAUGAAUUGCCAACCAUUCUUACUUAUUAUGUCUCUAUUUUUUGAUUUGCGUGGAGUAUCAAAUAAGCAUAUAGAAGAGGGACAAAAUGGAUGGAAUGGUUGGUGCGUUGUACUCUACUAGAGAAAAGAUUUCUUGUUCAAUUACUAUUUAAUUUAUAUCGCUUACAGACUGUAAGAAGAUGAUAUUUUAUGUAUAUUAAAAAUAAAUAAUAGGAGAUGAGAUUAA